AUGAGUUUCAUUCCGGAGUCUCCGGCUUUGCUCAUGAAACAGGAUAGCCCGAAAUCGAUGGUGAGCGAGGCUCUGUGCUUCUUCUUCAAUCGUACAGCCUCUGCCGAGAGUCAACGAGAACUCCUGAUGGAGAGGGAGGACAACGACGGCAGCCGUUUCUCCGUGGCCUAUCCGAAGGACCCUGCCGUGCUUCGACCGCUCCUGAUCGCCCUAAUCCUGGCAGGCACGCAGCAGGCUCGUGGAACAAACGUGAUACUCUUCUACAUGAACGAAAUAUUUUAUUCAGCGUCUCAGAGCAUCGAACCCUCGAUUCAAGUCAUCAUCGUGGUUGCGGUUCAAGUCGUCUUCACGUUCGUAACGGCUCUGCUCAUCGAUCUCGGCCGUCGAGUGCUGCUGCUGGUCUCGAGUACAAUAUCCCUCAUUGGGAUGCUUCUUCUGAUCGCUUCCUACGUCCUGCAAGGACAGAAAAGUCCAGCGUUGGAUCACCUGAGUUGGCUCCCGGCGAUAUCUCUAUCAAUUUUCGUCGCGGGCUUCUCCUUCGGACUCGGACCAGUGCCUUAG